CGCAUGUGUAGUUCAGUGGCGGGUUUCUUGUUCACAUAUAAUAGCACAGAUAAACUUAGCUAUUUGAUCUGGUUUUAUCAUUUUCUCAGAGACUUUUAAAUAAAGAUCGCCAUGGUUGAGGGCCCGGGUUGCACUAUAAAUGGAGAGAAGAUUCGUGCAAAAGUUCAAAAGGGACAGAAAGUUGUAGACAUUCGCAGAAAUGAAACAAAUGCACCAUCAGCUGACAGCAGCUCGAGUUGUUUUCAGACCAUUUUGGGCUGUGGGUUCACAGGAGUGGAGACAUUGGGCAAAGAGAUGUUCAUGUAUUUUGGCUGUAGAGCUCUAAGGUUGCACUUUGGCAUGAAUGGUUCCUUGAGGAUAAAUCCCUCCGAAAGAAACGAUAUGAAAGGAAAACCACCAGCGCUGCUCGUUCAAUUUAGCAGUGAUGUUGUCUGUUUCUUUGACACAACUGUAGAAAUCAGAUUCACAGAGGACUGUAAGCAGAAAGUAAGAGCCAUGGAGGGUCUAGAUGUCUGUUCAUCAAAGUUUAGUUUCUCUCGGGCGGUGGAGGCUGUAAAGAGAGAGAGUGCGAGAAUGCUCUGUGAUGUGCUUUUGGAUCAAGCUGUCCUUCCUGGUGUAGGAAACAUAAUUAAAAAUGAAGCUCUUUUCGACAGUGGUCUUAACCCUUCUGUCAAGGUCAAUCAAUUGACAAAUGAACAGAUUCAUCAUCUGGUGAAGAUGACACGAGAUUUCACACUCCUGUUUUAUAAGUGUAGAAAGAAUGGAUCACCACUUUACAAGCAUUACAAAGUGUACAAACGUCCACACUGCGGUCAAUGCAGUGGAACUGUCACUGUCUGUCGACUGGGAGACAAUGGCCGGAUGACAUACUUCUGUCAGCGCUGUCAGUCAGGUGAUCCAAGUGAAGUAAACAUCAGUAAACUCCCGACUCGUAACAGUUUGAUUGGAUGGGCAUAUCAGGGUGAAUCGAGCAGCGAUGAUCGUGUGGCAAAGAGAGAGGAAGAGGAAUGGACGUGUUCCCUUUGUACUCUAAUCAACCUCCCGAGCUGCAAAUCCUGUGAAGCUUGUAUGAGUCCCAGACCAGAAGUCUCUAAAGAGCCCCCAAAGCAGAGCCAAUCACCCAUGAGUCGAGACCUGAUCCGCUACCCCUGCAACAAUUUCUGCAAACCCCUGCAGGAAGUGAAGAUGAAUCGCAGGGCUGCAUUUGGGACCACCACUCUAGUUCUAACCAACCUCAGUGCAAAACCUGACUCUCCUUUAAGUCCUGCCAUUAACCAGACAAACAGUCCAGAGACAGCGAGGGGUCUGAGCCCGCUUGGCGACUGGCAGCAGAAGAGUCACCGUAAUAGGGGGAUAGAAUUCGAAGGCAAUGAGCGCUAUAAAAGAGAAUCUCCAGCAGACCACAGUCAGCCUAACAAGAGAAUGAGAACCACAAACGGAGAGCUUUCUGGAGGAAGCAUGCAGCCCACCUGCUCUGGGAGGGGCACGCAGAGUAAUGAUGCCUCCUUUUCCAAAACCCCCUGCUGCAAAAGUCAUCACCGAUCGUGUGCCCUUAGGGUGGUCACUAAGGACGGAGAGAACAAAGGCAGACAGUUUUACACCUGCUCCCUUCCCAGGGAGACUCAGUGUAACUUCUUUGAGUGGGCAGACCUGCAUUUUCCCAUGUGUCAUCAUGGAAAACGAACUCUUAUGAAGACCGUUCUAAAACUGGGACCAAAUAAUGGGCGCAACUUCUACACAUGUCCAGUUAAAAUGGGGAAGCAAUGUAACUUUUUCCAGUGGGCUGAGAACGGCCCGGGCAUCUCCAAUCUGCCUGGCUGCUGAA